AUGUCGACUUUAGAUUCAACUAUAUCCUUUACGCCCUCUGUGUUGGAUUUGCCCACAAUAAUAACGAAAAAAGACAUUAAAUCUGCAGAGUCUUGCUAUAACAAACUAUUGAAAACUGCUCAAUCUUAUAAGGAUUCCCUAUUAUCAACAUCAAACGCUGCAAGUGACUUUGGUGCAGCAUUGGAAGACUGUGCCAGGUGCAAAGGAAGUGGAAAUGCAGCUGAUGGAUUAAUGUCAGCAGCUGGGUUUCAUUACAUAAUUUCAAACCAUCAGCAAUUGUUAUCUCAGGCUAUUUAUAUUAAUUUUGAAAAACCAGUUAAAAACGAGAUUGAUGCGUUUAAUCAAAUUUCAGCCACCAACAAUUCAAAUUUUAAAAACAAAAUUAGCGAAAAGAUUAAUGAAUUGAAGUUUUUAGAAUACCAAAACUCCAAGAUAUCCAAAUCUAGAUUUCGAAAUUUAGUCAAUUAUAAAUCGACAUUGUCAAACAUUUCUAGAAAAAUCCAGGAAAUUGACAAUUUGAAACACGAUUAUUAUUUGUCUUGUUUUAGUUUAGUUCAAGCGACUUCUUCUAAAAUAUUAACAAGAGUUUCGUCAAUUGUACGAGCUCAGGUUGAGAUCUUUGAUGGUAUUGCAAGAAAAGGAUGGUCUGGUGGUGGUCUUGAUGAUUUAAUUGCAACAUGUCCUGAUCCAUUUGCAAAUUCUGAU